AUGAAUCGUUCCAGCAUCAUAGAAGUUACAAAGUUGAUCAUUUUUCAGACUGAAUUCCUGAAACAACUCGCCCAGAACCCGAUCCAGGGAGAACAAGCUGCAGAAAUGUUCCAGUCGGACAGAAGUGACCACGAGAUGUCGGUAACUCUGGAAAAUGGGAUAGAAGUGGACAUCGUUUUUGGAGACAUUACAAAGGAAACGGUGGAUGCUGUGGUUAACUCCACCAACUUCAAGGACUUAAACACUGGUGUGUGCAAAGCCAUCUUGGCCUUAGCCGGACCAGAGGUGGAAGCCGAACUCCGAUCAGCCUCAGUGGAGAAAGGAGAGGUGUUUGUGACGCAGCCCGGACGGUUCCCGUGUCUCGGUUUGUUGCACGUGUGUGGAAGAGGCGACGCAGCAGUGAUCAAACAGUUAAUGAGUUCCAUCGUGCAGUACUGUGAGGCGUACGAGUGGGAGACGGUGGCUCUGCCGGCCGUCUGCGCUGGAGGCGGAGGUCUGCCUGCUGCUGCCGUGGCCGCCGCGAUGCUGAGUGGACUCAACGAGGUAACGUCCAUCCCUCUGUUCAGUCUGGUCCAAGUCCGAUUGGUUCUCGACAAAAUUGACGUCUUCUCGGCUUUCAAAGAGCGAGCGACUCGCAUGGUUUCAAACGCACCCAUCAGAGCUUCACCACCGCCUCUAUCUCCUGCUCCACCACCGCCUCUAUCUCCUGCUCCACCACCGCCUCUAUCUCCUGCUCCACCACCGCCUCUAUCUCCUGCUCCACCACCGCCUCUAUCUCCUGCUUCACCACCGCCUCUAUCUCCUGCUCCACCACCGCCUCUAUCUCCUGCUCCUGCUCUUCCCCCUGUAGCCUUUAUGGACGCUGCUGCACCAAGUCCAAGCUCGCCCAUCGAGAAAUCUGUCUUCAAAAUCACCGGCAUGUCUAAGGACAGCAUUGCCGAAGCUAAGACCAAAAUGAAGGACCUCUACCAGACACAAUACUCCUCCAAAACAUUCAAAAAAGACCAACUGAACGUGCUAAUGCCUCGUGAUUUGUCAACGCUGAAGAAAGAAAUGGAGUCUUCAGGUUUACAAGUUCAAUACAGCGAAGGGGACUGGGUUGUGACCGGGCAAACAGUCAAAGUGAACCAGCUGAUGGAUUUGGUUCAAAGUUUUAUGUAUGCGACCCUGACCAGAGAAAAGAGGAGUCGUGAAGAGGAAGAAAUAUACAGGAAGGUCACGUGGUGCUUUCAAAGACUCAAUGGAAAGUGGGAGAAACUGCCCAAAGAGGCAAAUUAUCAACUGGAGAAGAGAAUAACGGAGACAGGGAAAUAUUUGGACGAGCAGGGAAUAGAGUGGGUGGUUAAUCUACAGAAAAUGGAAGCCACCGACAAGUUGUCAACAGAGAACGUAGCAUUGAAACGACUGAAGCAUCUGCCAGACUUCAACUUUCCUCUUUACUGGGACAACAUGGCUCCUGAUGAAAUUCUGAAAGUGGUUCCGUUGUUGCCGUCAAGUGAAGAGUAUGAGGAGGUGAAGCUAGACUUCGAGGCGACGUGCAGCAAAGCUAUCCUUAAGAUUGAGCGCGUGCAGAACAUUCACCUGCGCAGGAGUUAUGAGGCGCAGUUAAAACACAUCAUGGAUAAAAACAAACAGACGGAAGGAGCCAACGAGAAGCUGCUGUAUCACGGGACGACUCAAGAGAACGCCACUUCCAUCAUGAACACGGGCUUCAACAGACGCUUUUCAGGACAAAAUGCCACUAGUUUCGGUAAAGGCACCUACUUCGCCCUUAACGCCAACUACUCUGCACAUCCUACUUACUCCAAACCUGAUGAUAAUGGGACGCAGCUCAUGUUUUCAUCACGUGUUCUCACUGGGCUCUACACGCUGGGAAACAAAGACAUGAUAGUUCCACCACCGCGAAACGUGAAAAACCCACACGAACGCUUCGACAGUGCCGUGGACAACCUCGACCGCCCAAACAUGUUCGUAGUGUUUCAUGACAACCAGGCCUACCCCGACUACCUCCUCACCUUCAAAUGA